CGACUUCGACUGGGACGAGCAGACCAAGAGCUCGGUGCUGUCAUCGUUCUUCUACGGCUACAUCCUGCUGCAGUUCCCGGGCGGGCGGCUGGCCGACCGAUACGGCGGCAAGCAUCUGAUGGGCUCCGGCAUCUUGGUCUCGUCGCUGCUCACGCUGCUCACGCCCGCCGCCGCCAGACUGCACUACACGGCACUCAUGCUCGUCCGAUUUCUCAUGGGCGUCGCCGGGAGCUGCUGCUUCCCAGCCAUGCAGGCGAUGCUGGCCCAGUGGGUGCCCAAGGCGGAGCGCACCAUCAUCUCCAACAUCGUGUUCACUGGCUCCUUCACCGGCACCGUGGUCGCCAUGACUUCGACCGGCGUCAUGAGCGACUCCGAGGUCUUAGGUGGCUGGCCGUCCGCUUUCUACCUCUUCGGUUUUACCGGUUGCGCCUGGUGCCUCAUGUGGUUCCUGAUGAUCCACAACAGACCUGUGGAGCAUCCGAGGAUCAGCCAUGGCGAACUGAUGUUCAUCACCGGCGGCAGCAUGAUGCCGAUUCCCUGGAAGGCUAUGCUGACGUCUCCGGCUGUCUGGUCCCUGGCAGCCACACAGUGGGCGCACACCUACGGCUCCUACACGCUCAUGACCGAGCUUCCCAACUACCUCAAGAAUAUUCUCGGCUUUGGACUUACGCAGAACGGAAUCCUGAACGGGGCUCCGUACCUGGCGUUGUCCGUGCUCUCACUGAUCAUCGGAUGGACCUCGGACGUCGUCCGGCGGCGAAAUGUUGCUACGGUCACCACCAUCCGGAAAAUAUGCGAUUCCGUUUCGGCGUUCGGACCGGCGCUGUGCCUGAUAGCGGUGACCAUGGCGCCCUGCGAGCGGAUGCUGGCCGUCCUCUGGUUCUGGAUGGCCAUAUCCCUCAUCUCGUUCGCAAACUCGGGCUUCAACUGCACCCAUAUCGACAUGGCCCCUGCGUUUGCAGAACAAUGUGGAGAGCUGGAAGACGGUGUUCUACAUCACGGCCGCUGUAUACGCCGUGGGCGGCCUACUGUUCCUGCUUUUCGGGUCGGCCGAGCCACAGGAGUGGGCCAUGGACGUGCCUACCACCAGCGUGGACCUGUACCGGGAGCAGCAGAACCGCUCCCUGCAGUGUUGCAACUGGUCCACGUUCUCCGUCGCCGGCAGCAGCGCGCUGGCCGUGAUGGCGUACAACUCGAACGCCAACCAGGUCUCGUCCACCGUGAAGAGCAGCCAAUGACGACUGAGUGCCGCCGCUUCGCGCAUGCCGUGCCCUCACGUUUCGUCUGCGCUUGCGUCGGUGGCGAAAGGGCUUUGAAAUACUCGACUGGCAGGGCUUUUAGGGCCCUGGUUCCGGGACUAUUCGUUGGACCAUUCUUUUUUUUAUUUAUUUCACCUCACUGUUACUCGCAGCGAGAGCCUGUUACUUGCUGCGUAGCUGAGGUCUGGGGACCUGAAGGUGAUGGAUUUUCGGAGGAAUACACUACCUUAUACUCUAGUUUCUGACUUCGCUUGUGACACAGAUUACUUAGAAUUCAUUUACCGUGAUCGCAAGCGCUAUUUAAUACACUGACGCUGUUCC